GGGAGGGGCAGGAGCAGGGGGUGUGGCUUAUGCAAAUGAGGCCCCGCCCCCUUGCCUGCUUUAUCCAGAGUCACGUAGCUCUGCAGCACUGAAGCCAGCGUUGACAUCCGAAGCAACUCGGGCGCUGUCUGCACAUCCAGUGAGGCGAAACACAGAGGAAUCCCACCACCGGCCAAGAUGACACACCAAUACCCGGCGCUGGAGCCGGAGCAGAAGAAGGAGUUGGCAGACAUCGCCCAGCGGAUCGUGGCCCCCGGGAAGGGCAUCCUGGCUGCAGAUGAGUCUGUCGGCAGCAUGGCAAAGCGCCUGAACCAGAUCGGGGUGGAGAACACGGAGGAAAACCGCCGGCUCUACCGCCAGCUCCUCUUCAGCGCCGACAGCCGCAUCCAGAGCUGCAUUGGCGGGGUCAUCUUCUUCCACGAAACCAUGUACCAGCGGGCUGAUGACGGGACCCCCUUCGUGGACAUCAUCAAGGAGAAGGACAUCGUGGUUGGCAUCAAGGUGGACAAAGGGGUCGUGCCGCUCGCCGGGACCGAUGGGGAAACCACCACCCAAGGUCUGGAUGGGCUCUCUGAGCGCUGCGCCCAAUACAAGAAGGACGGGGCCGACUUCGCCAAGUGGCGCUGCGUCCUGAAGAUCACGGAGCACACGCCGUCCUCCUUGGCCAUCAUGGAGAACGCCAACGUCCUGGCGCGCUACGCCAGCAUCUGCCAGCAGAACGGCAUUGUGCCCAUUGUGGAGCCGGAGAUCCUGCCCGACGGAGAGCAUGACCUGAAGCGCUGCCAGUAUGUGACCGAGAAGGUCCUGGCCGCAGUCUACAAGGCCCUGAGCGACCACCAUGUCUACCUUGAAGGGACGUUGCUCAAGCCGAACAUGGUAACCCCCGGCCACGCCUGCCCCACCAAGUACAGCCCCGAGGAGAUCGCCAUGGCUACUGUCACCGCCCUGCGCCGGACUGUCCCGCCCUCUGUGCCAGGGAUCACCUUCCUGUCUGGCGGGCAGAGUGAGGAGGAGGCCUCCCUGAACCUGAAUGCCAUCAACAACUGCCCCUUGGCCAAGCCUUGGGCACUGACCUUCUCCUAUGGCCGGGCACUCCAGGCCUCGGCCCUCAAUGCCUGGCGGGGAGAGAGGGACAACGAGGAGGCCGCCACUGAGGAGUUUGUCAAGCGAGCCCAGGCCAACAGUCAGGCGGCCCUGGGCCAAUACGAAGGUUCGGGCGAAGACUCUGGAGCCGCGGGGCAGUCCCUCUAUGUCGAGAACCACGCCUACUAAGGCCCCGCCCCCUCCCAAGCCCCACCUCCAAGGACCCCCACUUGCUUCCCUUCAUCUUAAGCCACACCCCCUUCCGCCCCAGCUGAUGCCGCUUCUGUAGCCACCAGAGAGAGCCAAGUAGCCACCGAGAGUCCGGCGGGAAAGCGGGGAAGCAUCUCAACCCAGGCCUACCUUGCAGCUUUGUUGCAGGACGGCAGGGAAGAAUGCCAACCAGACCCAGUUUGUAGAACCGCAACCCGGACCAACACUGCAGGGCUAUCGUAGGGCAGCAAUACCCAGAUUUACCUUGCAAAGUUGUUGCAGGAAAGUAUUGUACCUUGCAGGGCUGCAAUGGGGAAUUCAUACCCAGAUCUACCUUGGAGUGUGUUUUAGGAAAGUAUUACAAAGCUGAGCCUCCUUUGCAGGGCUGUUGUAAGAAAGUAUUGCAACCCAAACCUCCUUUGCAGGGCUGUUGUAGAAAACCAUUGCAACCCAAACCUAUUGUCGGGCUGCAAUGGGGAACGGACACCCCAGAUCUACCUUGGACGGUUAUUGUAGGAAAGUAUUGCGAUCCAAAUCUACCUUGCAGGGCUGUUGUAGGGCUGCAGUGCGGAAUGGCAAUCUGUUGUAGAAAAUUAUUGCAACCUGAACUUCCUUUGCAGGGCUGUUGUAGGAAAGUAUUGCAUUUUGAACCUCCCUUGCAGGGCUAUUGUAGGACUACAAUGGGGAAAGGACACCCCAGAUCUACCUUGCAGGGUUGUUGUAGGGCAGCAAAGGAGAAUGUUACCCAGAUCUAUGUUGCAGGUUUGUUGUAGGGCAGCAGAAGAUCUACCUUACCAGACAAUGACAGGGAAUCUGUAAUCCAAACCUACCUUGCAAGGUUGUUGUAGGAAAGUAUGGUACCUUACAGGGCUGUUUUAGGGCUGCAAUGGGGAAUUCGAACUCUAGAGCUACUUUGCAACAUCGUUGUAGGAAAGUAUUACAACCCAAACCUCCUUUGCAGGGCUGUUGUCAGGCUGCAAUGGCAAACGGACACCCAGUUCUACCUUGCAAGAUUGUUGUAGGAAAGUAUUGCAUCUCAACUUUACCUUGCAGGGUUGUUGUCGGCCUGUGAUGUGGAAUGGACACCCAGAUCUACAUUGCAAGGCUGUUGCAGGUAUUGCAACCUGAACCUCCCUUGCAGGGCUCUUGCAGGACUGCAGUGGUGAAGUAGAACCCUAGAUCUACCUUGCAAGGCUGUUGUAGGAAAGUAUUGCAAUCCGAACCUACCUUGCAGGGCUGUUGUAGGGCUGCAAUGUGGAUUGACAACCCUAGAUGUACCUUGCAGGGCUGUGGUAGGAAAGUAUUGCAUCCUGAACCUCCUUUGCAGGGCUGUUGUAGGGCUGCAGUGGCGGAUGGCAACCCCAGAUCUACUUUGGAGGGUCGUUGGAGGAAAGUAUUGCAAUUGUAGGGCUGUUGUAAGGAUGCAAUGGCGAAUGGACACCCAAGUCUACCUUGCAAGGUUGUUGUAGGAAAGUAUUGCAAUUCGAACCUACCUUGCAGGGCCGUUGUAGGGCUGCCAUGUGGAGUGGACACCCAGAUCUACUUUGCAAGGCUGUUCCAGGAAAGUAUUGCAAUCCGAACCUCCUUCGCAGGGCUGUUGUCGGGCUGCAAGAGAAGAACAGUGACUUAGUGCUACACUGGAGGGUUGUUGUGAGUCGGUGUGGAGGGCCUACCUUGGAGGGCGGUCCCAUGGAUUUGUGGGUGCCACCACUGCCGCCAACACCUCCCCAUCCAAUAUUUCCGUCUAUAUGCAACUAUUAGGGGUGACCCUUUGCACUCUGACCUCAGCCAUAGCUUUGCGGCCUGUCCUCGUGUCGCACGAGGGCCGUGAACAAUUCACCGUGCGCUCCGUGCUAUGCCGUAUACCGAAACAUAGUCCUCAAACUAAUAAUAAACUAUAGAGGAGUUGUGACACCA